GAACGUAACGAAUGUAAACAACUCGCACCAUGAUUAUAUUGUCAAAACCAUGCAGGCAAAUGCAUAUUAUAAUUCAACCGCCUUUUUGUGAAUAAUACUGACAUGGGAGUUCCAUUAUCGAAAGAAUACAAUGAAUACAAACAAAUUUCACAGCGUUCAUCAUACAGUCGCGAUGUAAUUGUGCCAAGUUUCGGGGCUUGUGUUCCAUUUUUGGAGACUGUCAGCUAUCUUUCUAAUGAAAACUGUUGCAUUUCGUACAAGCUGCAGUCGACUUGUAUUGGCGAUAGGCAUUUUCAUGCUAGUGUUCAAAAGAGGGGUUUAGCUGCUUACUUAAAUUUGACUGAUAUCACUCAUAAGAAAACAAUCACGAUAUGUGAUAUACAGGCCCAAGGGGAGGUUAUUCUCCUCCCUAGAAAAUCACUCCAGUACACAGAUUUGCAGAUCUGUAAUGUGAUAGGCCUACAUUAUGAGUGGCUGGUGAUUCAAGUGUUUUGUCAAGAUGGAAUGAAGUUUCUCGUCUGUGAUAUUUCGGCAAACAGUUGUGUACUGCAAUAUACACACAAAUAUGUGCCUCAGUCAAAAUUAAAACUGUAUGAGUGUCAUAUAAGUCCUGAUAGGACGGUCAUGGUGCUGAAACAAAAUCAGCUUUAUCAAUCUUUAUAUAACAGCAAUAUAGAAGAUGGGGAAGAUUUCAUUCUUUUGAACAUUCAUUUAUCCAUUGGGACCUGUACAGAAGAACCGUGUGAACUUUUAAGGAAUUUUGUGUCCCUCGCCCAUGGAAAGGUUGCAGUAACAUUUGAUCCUCGCCAAGAAAACGAUUUGAUUGUUUAUACAAGUGAAAUGCCUGACAAACUGAACAGAGAUAUUUAUAGGGGACAUAUGGGACUUUACAAGCCGAGUCGAGACUCAUUUCUUUGCAUCACUGGACUGUUGAGCCAAGAUUUCCCUGCAUUGCCUGGAAAGUUCCUUAAUCUUCAGUUCCUAAGAGACGGCUCUGCCUUGGUCAUGGCAGUUCUUGGUUCUGCACAUCCUACAAGAACGAUUUCAAUUUUAUGUAGAAACCAGUUCGUAACUGUUUACGUUUUAGAUCCAGAUUGUUUCCAAAAGACUGGUUCAUUCUCUUACAUUUCUCAAUCCCUUUUCCAACAUUUUGCACCAGUAAUUUCACCCAGUGGAUCAUUAGCCUGCUGUGCAGGCAAAAUGUACAAUAUUGAACAUGUCAGUUCACAACAAAAAUCUGUUAAAAGUCUGAAGAGACUGUGCUACAAUGUCAUUGUAGAUUUUGUCUUACCAGAAGAUAUUCAGUAUUUGCCAUUACCCAAGUCACUCAAAGCAUAUCUUCAGUAAAUAAUGAAUCACCUAGAUGAAUCAACAGAUAAAGUACAACACAUAUAAAUUCUGUCUCAAAAUACUGGAACUGUUUGCAUGAAAUUGUAUACAGAUUUUGGGACAAGUAAAGUUUAUGAAAAUGUAUCACUGAUUAAGCCCAUUUUAUAGAAAAGAGACAUUAAGCAUAAAAAAUGUUUUUUUAUUGUCGCUACUCGUUAUAGAAACAAGGAGCGUACGGCUGAUUUUAAUCAGAUUGUAAAGAUACAUAGCUACCAGAUUUCUACAUUUCUUAAUCACACAUAUUACACCGUAUAUGCGGGGGUUUUUUUUGCGCAUCACAAAAUUUGUGAAAAUGGGGAAAAUGAGUAACACUUUUGUGACAGUCAUUUUUUGCAAUUUAAAAAAAAAUUUGCAGAAAAUUUUACUGGAUUAAAUUUCUGUGCAUUUAUUAAUAUGUGAUGUAAAAGUGAUUGUAAAAAUAAGAUCAUCACAUAAAUUACGGGAUAUGGUAUUAAGGG